AAAUCGGCAACAAUCAUUUUGCGCCAUUUCAUGAAAAAAUUCAACUAUCGUACUUUUCGGAGCAGUCUUCGCUUCGAUCAUGAGAAGAGAAGAUUUUUGUUAUUUAAUUUACUGAUUCAGGAAAAGAAAUCUAACUUUUACGUGUUCAAAUAUUGUGAGGAGGCUUGGGUCCGCUUCAUCUGGAGCUCGUCGAUAUUUCAAGAUUUCAAACAUUUUCGGAAAGGAUCCUCUUCAUUUUUCAGUCUUCACCAGCACCACUGUGCUACCGUACGUAUACCGGCGUUACCGGUCCAUACGCCUGAAGUUCCGGCGUCUUUCGCAACGAACGCCUGCUCUGUGAAAGGGCUUUGCUGGUGCUUGAGAUAAUUUGGAAUGUGACGACCCUUUUCACCGUACUGCAGCAAAUGUGUCUAGCGCUGUCGAACUUUUGAAUCAAGUGUGUUGUUUUUUCAAACUGAUAUGGCGAAAGUCCAAGUUACAAAUGUUACAGUUUUGGACAAUCCAUCAAACUUUCGGAAUCCUUUUCAAUUUGAGAUCACAUUUGAAUGUAUAGAAAAUUUGACAGAAGAUCUCGAAUGGAAAAUCAUCUAUGUAGGGUCUGCAGAGACGGAGGAUUAUGACCAGACGUUGGACUCUGUACUGGUAGGCCCAGUCUCACAAGGGAGGCACAUGUUUGUCUUUCAGGCUAAUCCCCCGGAUCCAACCAAGAUACCACAAGGAGACAUCUUGGGUGUGACGGUCGUCCUCAUCACAUGUUCUUACCGAGAGCAGGAGUUCAUCCGUGUCGGUUACUACGUCAACAACGAGUACUCUGACCCAGAGCUCAACGAAUGCAAUGAAUCAGAGAAGCAACCCAUCGUCCCUCAGUUUGAUAAGGUCACAAGGAAUAUCCUUCACACCAAGCCCCGUGUCACCCGCUUCACGAUAGACUGGGACGACCCACCCCUCACUGAUUGUGAGAACAUUCCUCCCAUGCCUCCUAACAUCCAACAGGAACAAUCAACAUCAUUAAUGAAUGGUACCAAAGACCAUAUGGGGAAGGCAGCCGACUAUGCCGUGCCCAACAACACAGAUAGCAACAGCAGCAUUCCAGAUUACGUCCAAGAUAUGGAGUGUCAUUGAGAAGAAGAAAAAAACCUAACUCAGCUGUUGAAAUUGGAUACUUUUGUUGCAUUACCAUUUUUUAUGGCGCUUGAUUGAAACUAGGGACAAAUGAUAUCUAGGGACAGUGAUUUUCCGUUUAAAAAAAUUGCCUUUUUCGUUUCAGAAAAUCUUAAAUUCCGUUUCAGCAUGUCAGAAAACGGAAAUUCUGUUUCCCCAUAGACUUUGUGUACAUAAAAAAUUAACGAUUCCGUUUACCCAUUCAGUAGCAAUAACACAACACUCGUGCCGGUCAAAAUUUGUAUCUGCCACUACCAACAACGCAGUAGAAUCCGCUCUAAUCGGAUCUAUGCGGGUACACAAAAUAUUUUGACAAACACAUUUAACAUGAAUACAUCCUCACCUUUCACAUUUUUAGCAUUAUUUUACGGUUGAAUGAAAUUUUAUCUAUUUUGAGCAGUCAACGAUUUCGUUCUAUCCACCAUUUUGGAUUUCAAGAUCGUGCUGUUACAUCUUCAAACGUAGAGGGCAGCAACACACGACCUGUAUUCAUUUGUCUAUGCCUGCAUGUGAAUGUUUUCGAUACGGCCGAUCGACCGUACCCCGCCGGCGCGGCCGGGGCGAGGGGUACAAUCGAGUGUGAUGGAGUGAAGAGCAGUCAUGAUGUGUGGAUUGUCGUGAUCGUAGUGAAGUAAGAUCGUGUUUUGUGAGGAUUUGAGACCUUUUAAUAUUCGUAUGUUGAGAUUUUGGAGUAGUUUCUGUUGCUGUUCUGUGUAUUCUGAGGAAAAAUAUGUUUUCCUUGAUUUUCCGAUUGAAAUGCCACUUUCCGUUUCAAAAGGCGGCUGGCCAUUUCCGUGAAUUCCGUCCGUUUUCUGCGAUCGCGGAAAAUCACUGUCACUAGAUAUCAUAUAUUUGGGUUUUCGAUCAUUGGCACUUGUCAAACCAUGAUCUGGUGAUUUAUCAUGUGCCAUGAAUAAUUGUCAAACAAUGUCAAUAUGUUCACAUGCCACUUUUUAUCGGCUAAGACUAUCAAAGAUAUAUGGGGUUGACAUUAUAAAUGAUCCUAUUCUUGGGACUGGUAAUUUGAACUGGGUAGAAUGGGAAUGUCUGUUUUGUUAAACAUAGAGGCCUAUGUCUGAAACAUUUCAUUUUCCCCCAUUUUAAUGUGAGGUAAAUCAUGCUCCAAUAUUUUCUUGUCUUUGAAGUAACAAAGAUCACUGGUAUUCCUCUCAAAAGUGGUAAAAAAACAUUUACACAUAGUUUUUGCAAUAAUGGAACUCAAAUAUUUAUCCUCACAUUUUUGACAUAUCCAGCGGCUUAAUUAUUUUGGAGAGCAACAAAUGUUUCUGGUUUUGAUGGUAUUUUGUUGUUCAAUAGUUGAUAUUAUGUAUGUGGCUUGGUCGUGGGUAUCAGAUCAUUGGAAUAAUGCAGGUGUUAGAACCCAAUUCAGUUUCUUUCACCGAUGCCAUAGAUCAUUGCCAAAAACAUGUGAAAAUAUCUAGCACUAGAUAUUUCACUGUGUCGGAUUGAGUGAGUUUUAUAAACCUUUGGGCCUGUCACAAUAGUGAAUAUAUAUCAAGUAUAAGUCAUUUUUUGUUAAAGUAUGAUCUGUGAUGAAUAGUUUGCACUAUAUUUGUUCUCAUAAAAGUGUUUUCCUACAUGUAACAUAUGUAACUCACAAUAUCUUGUAGAAUCUCACUUGGCAGGCUGCCAAAGUGAUCAAUUUUGCAUAAAUUUGUUUUUAAAAUUAGAUUCUGAUGACCGAAGUGAUCAUCAGCGAUUGUCAGCAUCAUUGUUUAAUACCCUUCAAUAUCUUGUCAGGUGCUACCAUGAAAUGUCCUCACUGUGUAUGUGACAGGUGUGGUGUAUUUCAUGUUAUGCACAACUGCGAACCGUGUCUGUUUGGAAUUUAAAAAAAUGUAUUUUACAUCAUAUAUUUCAAGAAACUGGCAAGAUGAAUAUAUUUAUAAGAAGUUACCUAUCAUCCACACAUUUUUUCCCAAUCAAAAGUGUGAUUUUAUUAGUAAUUGAAGAUGGCAUGAACCACCUGUAUCACGAGUCCUAUGGGAGAUUUCCGUCUGUUGAGAAAAAUCAGAAAAUGAUCCCCCAAAUACUCUGAAACAGCAGAUUUUUCAGUUUAGGAAGUACAAUGAAGCCUAUAUCUAAAGAUUUCUUUCACCUAUACUUUCAUAUUAAUAUCUAUUGUUAUUUGACUGUUAAAAUCAACAUACUUUGUAAUUUACAUGUUUUUUUCGGGGGGGGGGGGGAGUAAAUACACUAUUUGUUAUAUAUAAAGAAAUUUGAAGAAAAGGAGAAAAGUGUAUUUGUCAUAUUGAUAGAUUUAUAUUUUAAAAGAAGCAUGUCAUGAACAUGCUGACAGUAUUGUGGUUGCCAGUUGAUGCAUCAAGAAAAAAACGAGUAGAGAUAUGGCUCAAUAUUUAAGUUUCAUUUCUGUUUAAAAAGUAUUUUGAAAAAAUAGAUGGAAGAGCACAGUUGACAGGUGUGUGUAUUGUUUGUGUAAUUGUGGGUACGUCUUGUCUUUGUACGAGUGUUUUUGUGAAGUAUAUUUGAGUUCAUUUAACUAUGGUGCCUGGUGUAAAUGUCGCAAUCGAAUUGUACUUGAAUUCAUCUUACAUGACUCGAUGUAUCAAACUUGAAAAUGAGUGUUUUUUUUUUUUUUAAUCUGGCUUGGCAUAUUAAUGCUUAAAAUGCAUUUACAGGACCAGCUCACUUUCCAAUAAGUCUUUUCUGCAAGGGGCUGUUCCAAAAGCUGUCAGAAAGUUUUGCACAAUGGAUCUUUGACUUGCAUGAGGACGACGGGCGAUUUCACACUCAUGACAGUCAAAAUCACCCCUAAAAUUUGCAACAUGGAAUUAUUUAAUGCAACCAUCUUUUCUAUUGUUUCCCCCAAAUCCACCAAAACUUGAUGAAACACUUCCGGGUCUUGUCAUGGUGCAAUACCUUCAAACCUCACCAUUUCAUGUAAUUUUUUUUUAUAAACUAUGAAGGUGAAGGCUGACAUGAUUGGUUAAAAUAAAUAAUAUUUCUUUAUAUAGAUAUUUAAAGUUGGACAGAGUUAACAAUAAAAGUGAGCAUGUAUAGUGCAUGGCAAUAUCGAGGUAAAGAAUACAAGUUGCUUUGAAGUGCUGCUAGAGUAUAAAAUGAAUAUUUCAAAUCUGAAAUGUAUUUUUGCUUUCCAAAUUGGACACUUGGUUGAUGACAUCAGUUUCCACGCUACAUGAUAGUAAUAGAAUUCCCGGAAACCCAGUCCUUUUCCAUAUAAAUUGCGGGAAAUUAAGAAAUUCUUGGAAAAUAAAUAUUUGUAUGUUUCAAGUUUCAACAGCCAUGAUAUUUAUAAAAUAAUUAUUUGCCUCAUUUUGUAAGCUUUAAUAGUUACCUUAAAGAAAGAGGUGUGUAGAAAAAAAGAGGUCUUAAUUUAAAGUACUUGAUUUCAUGUUAUGAGGCCCGUAGGCCUGCUAAGGUUUGUUGUAUCAUUGUACACCUUUUGUUAAAAUACAAAUUAUUAAGAUUCCAGGAAACAUCAUCGACUUGGGGAAAUUUUAGGUUUCAUGAUUUUUUUGUUAACAAGAUUUAGUCCCUGUGACAUGAAAGAUAAAAUCAAUUGUACAAUUGAAUACAAUUGUUCUUCUCUUGCAAACCAUGUAAACGAAGUUGCAAUCAAUAUCAAUGUUAUGCCCUCUCCAAUCUACUAUUUUCUUGGUUCUUGAGACCAUAAAAGAUUAUGAGAACACUUUAGUUUAUGUACAUAUUGUAAAUCAUUUUCUUUUUUUUGUAAAAGUUGAUAAAGAACAAUAAAUGCAAGAAAGAAGUAA